UCUGUUAUCAACGUAAGUAAUAUAUAAUAAAAGUACAAUUAACAUAUCUAAUUGACAAGUUAUUUUUAGAUUGUAUUAUAAUUGACUUAUUUAAUACUGUCAUUGAUAACUUCAUUAUUGUUCAACGUAUAUCAGAUGUUAAAGACAAUUUAUACGCUGUCAAGGACAUAAAAAAAGAAAAGGGUUUUAGUCUUUGACGCAUGCGUAUUAUUAUAUAGUCACGCUUGAUAUCCGGUGACGUCAAGCAAGUAAGUACCAACGCGAGUUUUGAAAUGUGUUAGUAGGAGGAAACAUUUCUACGUUGAAGCAAUGGAUGAUUAUAAUCAAUACAUGUCAUGGGCAUGGAAGAGCUAUUGCUGAUUUCGAUUUCCGAGGGAACAUUUUCAUCUGAAGAAUGUAAAUUGAUCACUAGAGACUAAAGAAAUCCUUCUUCUUAAGGUGCUUCUAUAAUGUGCCACAAAUUCAAGUAUGUUCAAACGUCAAGAUGGCUUCUAAUUGGCUUUAUUAUAUUAUUUUUUGUGACAUCAUUAGUAUUAAGUCAGUGUGAAGGCGGAACGUUAACUUUUGAGAAAAUAACUGGAAAGGCGAUCAAAGGUUCUUCUCAUAAUAUGAUGUACGAUGGAAAUGGAAGGGAAGAAUCUAUUACAAUUAUAUGCAACAGUAAAUGCCGAACAACAUCAGAUUGUGCAGCAUUCUUAAUUAAUUAUGGAAGGAAAACUUGUUAUCAAAUGACGACUAAUUCGGAAGGUAGAAGGGAACUGUUAUCAAGCACACAAGAUGCUACUAAUUAUUUUGAAAAAAUUUGUUUGAAAGCGAAAGGAUGCAAAAGAGAUUGGAUGUUCGAAAGAGUUAUCGGAAGAGAACUUGCAGGGUUCGAUGACCGGGUCAUUGGACAAGUGUCCAGUCGUAUCAAAUGUGAAGAAUUUUGUUUAAAAGAAGUUUCCUUCCCUUGCCGCUCUGGCGAAUAUGAUUACGUUCUUCAACAGUGUCGUUUGAGUUCCGAAGAUAGACGAUCCCAACCAUCUUCCUUCCGCCCUUCAAUCGGUGAUGUAGACUAUUUCGAGAAUCAAUGCGUAACUCAUAGUGCAAGCGGAUGCGAAUACAAUCAGUAUCCAGAUGUAGAUUUGGGAUUAGCAGAUUUGGAAAGAACUGCUUUCAGUCCUGAUCAAUGUCAAACUUUGUGUGAUACAAUGGAAACGUUCGUGUGUCGGUCUUUCACAUUUCAACCAUCGACUGCUCUAUGCUGGUUGAGUGGAGACGAUACGUUGAGUGCAGGAAAUAAAGCACUCAAGGCAAAACCAGGAACUUUUUAUUACCAGCGUUCAAACUGCCUAGAUCUAAAACUAACGUGUUCUCCCGAAGCUAUGGUUUUAACUCUCACUACUUUGGAACCAUUUACUGGUCGUAUAUUUGCCAAAAAUCGUCCAAGAACGUGUGAAAUUUUUGGAAAUGGACAAACUGUAAAUCAAUUUAUAUUACCUUUGGAUCCGGCGGAAUGUGGUGCAAUAAACGAAGGAAAAGGCCGUUAUGUAAACACAGUAGUCAUUCAACAUCAUCCGGUAAUUCAGAGAAAAGGAGAUAGAAUUAUCAAAUUAUUAUGCAUUUUUGAAACUCUGAAUCAUACAGUUAGUAAUUCGUACAACGUUAUCAUCAGUGAUGAAGGUACAGCUACAGGAGUAGUCAAUGCUACAGCACCUUCACCACAGAUUCGUCUCAGGAUCACGGAUAGAAAUGGUUUAGACAUUAGUGGUGCUAGAGUCGGAGAGGAAUUAUAUCUCAGAAUAGAAAUUGAUGACGAUAGCGUAUUCGGUAUAUUUGCUCGAGAUUUAGUCGCAACUAGUGGGAAAACCGAUGAAUUUAUAACAUUAAUCGAUAGCAGAGGGUGUCCUACAGACACGAAUAUCUUCCCUCCAUUGGAGAAAGUUCCUGGAACUAGGGCUUUACAAGGAAGAUUCGAUGCUUUCAAAUUUCCGGAUGAUGUUGUUGUUAGAUUUCGUGUAAGCAUCCACUUCUGUCUAGAAGAAUGUGAACCUAUUGCAUGUUCAGACGGUGUUAGUUCAUACGGAAAACGAAAAAAGAGACAGAUUACUGGAGUGACUUCUUCACCAGUUUUGAAUGAUUAUCCUUUGCAACGUGAAAUUAUAGUCGAAGGAAUAACAGUUACGAGACUUACAGAUUCCCCAAAUUCAGAUGAUGAGUUAGACAAUGAAAAAGUGUGUACUACGAAGACAAUAAUGGUAGUUGCCAUUAUAGCUGCAAUUAGUGUACAAAUAGGGAUACUUGCAGUGUGUGUGACUUGUAUAGUGCUCAACAGAAGAACUGUAGAUAGAGAAGAACCCGUAUCUCCGUCUCAGAGUCGUUUAUCAUUUUUUGGAAGCGGAGGAAGAGUAGGAACACUUCGUUCCAUUCACCAAAUAGACUAAUAUAAUCAUUUUUAGAACACAAAUUGAUCUCUUCGCGUUAACUAAUUUGAACAUUUUAUAAGAAACGAAGCAUCUCUAGUCAAAAUAAACUUUUAUUUUUUAAUAUUUACUUAUUUAAGUUAGUUGUAAUCUUUGUACUAUUAAAAAAUUUUUAACUGAAUCGAUAUAAAUCAAGGAACAAAAGACGAAGAUUGGUGA